GCCGCUUAAUCUUCUGUCACCAGUCUCCGCAGACGUUUGUAAGUUGUGCAGCUACUUGAGAACCGUACCGUAACCUGACGGCUUGCAUGUGACCAGGGAUGGAGGCGAGUCUAACUUGUGCCGUGUGCCUCGGGCUCUUUACUGAACCCGUUACGCUUCCCAAAUGCUCACACAACUUCUGUAGGACGUGUGUACGGGACUGCGUGGCCCCCGAGAGCCGCACUGUUUACAGCCUGCCCCUGGACCACGGGGGCGCUUCUUCCUGGCGAACAGUAUGCUGCCCGCUGUGUCGUAAAGUAAGCCCGCUUGCCGGAGGAGUAAGCUCUUUGCCAACCAACACCACGCUGGCUGAGUUAGUAAGUUUGGUGACCGCUACCCGUGAAGUCAAGAAAGAAAAUAAGGAAACAGGGGGUGCUGUCGGUAGCAGCUCCGGAACGGAAUUCUGUUUCCUUACCUCUUGUACUGAGCAUCCGGGGAAGGAACUGCAGCUGUACUGUAAGAUCUGUGCUGUGUCCUGUUGCGGAAGCUGCGUGUCAGAGCGACACCAGGGCUACUGCCACUCAGUCAACCUGCUGGAUAUGGUGUUCCAAGAGGAGAAGCUAACUCUUUUCAGCAGCUUUAAAAAACUGCGUGAAAUCCAUGAGAAGCUAACAAAGGAAAUUGAUGUAACAGAUAUUGAGAAUGAAUUUAUAAAUGAGACCAAUUUUGUUACCUCUGCUUUUGAACAAAUUCAAAAGGCUUUAGAGCUUAAAAAGCAACAGCUUGUCGACCACAUUGAAUACCAAAGGAGUACAACCAUGAAGGAGUACAGGGUGUGGAAACAAGUGAAAGAUGAUCAUAGGAAAACAAUUGAAAGUCUGCUUAAGGAUUGUGAAAAUAUUGUUGAUGAAUUUGAGCCCCAGAGAUUUCUUAAGGUGGCAUGUGAAUUGAAUAGAAGGAUGAGUUCCAGUCUUGACAUAAUGGAACGUAGUUCAGAUCAGCGCAAAAAGAAACAAAAAUGGGGACCAAAUUGUGUAGAUAUACAGCCUGCUUUGGAUGCUAUUUCAGCUCUACAGAUUACAGGAAGCGUUCCUAAUGACCUAUUUAGAAAACAAAAUGAAACCUUAGAUGGAGACUUCUCAUUCAAAACCAUAACCAGAACAUGGAAUAAUGGAAAUUCCUCAACUUGCGUAAAAUACUUGCCAACUAAAGAACUAGAACUGGAUUAUGUUAAAGGACUGAUGAACAAAUGCAAUGUUUGCUACAAAUCCAUAUGUGCAAUGCCUGAAUUUAAGACUACAAGCUGUGAGGAACUACGUCUAAAGUAUUAUGAGAACUCAGUUACAAGUCAAAAUAAUGUAUUUUCUGUUCCUGAAAGGAAGGCACCUACAGUGUUUAAAGUGUUUGACAAACAUAUGCAUCCAAGAAGGGGUCGAAUUAAGAAAGUAGUUAAAAGACAAGAAGGAUUUGAUGAAAGUAACAGUCAAUCUGUUUGUGCCAGUAACAUACCAACAAAUAUAGCUCAUGCUGAAAAUUGUAAAACCAAACCUCAAACAAGCAAUGCAUUUCCAACAGCUGCUAGAAAUGAGAAUGCUGUGUCAAGCAGAGAAAAGAAACAAAGCAAUAAAUUACAAAAAUGUCAGCAAGAAGGGUUAGUAGCGGCCUCUUCAAACAAUUUGUAUGGCAAGGUUUUUAAAAAUAACAAUGAUUCUGGUUCUGGAGGAACUUUUUUUGGCCCUAUUGUUGGUUUGAGUGAGAGAAUGUUCCAGUUCAAUAAAGACAAUGGUAAACUUGUCAGGAACAUGGAAGCUGCAGGAAGACUUAAACAUGAUCAGAAUGGUGACACUUGUAAAAAUGCUGCUACUCUUUUCUCACUCAGUGUUAAUGGGUCCACUAGCUUAUUUAAGCACAAUUCUACUGAGAAUGAAGACUCAUUUGGCAUCUCUAUUGGCAACACUGUUAGUACUAGUAAUGUGCAUACAGCAACUGCACCUAACACAAGUGGUCAGCUGGUGAAUUCAGCAGAAGUUAAUGAAGCCACUGAUCUGUCAGCACAUCCAUCCCACUCUGAAGAAUUUUUUGAUGCAAAUUCUAAUAUUGAUUCUGAUACAGAGACAGAAAAUGAUGAAACCAUCAGUGAGAACCAUAACUUUUACAGAAGAAGUUGCUAAAUAUUGAAUGUGCCUCUAUAAUGCACCCUAGUGAAUUCAGAAAAUCCUUACCAUUUGCACGUUCUAUAGUAUUAAUUUUCAUUCUGUUGACUUGAGUUUCAUAGCUCUGCUUUUCAACAUUUGGCACCAAAGUUGUGUGUCAUCAUUUGUGUUAUUUUCUUUUUAUACUGCAAGCUUUUCAGGUCUUAAAGGUCCCUUCUCUUCCUCUAGGCAAUGUAAGAAGGGGCAUUUGGUAUAUACUCACCAGUAAACAAAAAGUGUUUUUUUUUUUUUAAAGCUCGUCUCCUGUAACAGGAACUAAAUUACUUGUACUCAACUCAUAUGUUUUUGCUUUUCACCUUGGAACUCUGAUUUAGUAUCUACUUAUUUGCAGUCACCAGCUUUGCUCCAGCUUAAAGUGAUAAUAAAUAAGCAUAGAAGUGCUCCAGGUCAA